UGCUCAUGUUGCAAAAUGGGGUUCUCGCGAGAUUAUUUUAGUUCUGAUUUCCUUCGUAAUCUCCUUCAUAAACAUAACUUGAUGAUAUUUGGCUUGUAUGGUAUUAUAGGAUUUAUUCUUCUGUCAAUUGUUAUAUUCUGCUCUCUGUUUGUGUACGAACAUUUCUUUUGGACAAACAAAAUAAAAGACGUCAGGAAGAAGCACGUUGUCGUAACCGGUGGCUCCAGCGGUAUUGGAAAAUGUAUGGCGAUUCUCGCUGCAAAGAAAGGAGCAAAUGUCACGAUAAUUGCGAGAAAUGUGGAGAAUUUGGAGAAGGCUAAACAUGAAAUAUUGCAAGCAUGCGAGAACAAAGAUACACAAAGGGUAGAGUAUCUUUCUUUAGACAUUGGAGAUUAUGAAACCGUCGAGAAAGCACUGGCCGAUCUGGAGAAUGAUAUGGGACCUAUUUACAUGCUUGUAAAUUGUGCUGGUCUCGCGAUUGCAGGCAAAAUAGAAGACACCACCCCAAAGUCUUUGGAUAUAAUGAUGCGCACGAAUUUCUUGGGCACAUAUUACUGCAUUAAGGCUGUCACGCCAAGAAUGAAAGCUUCCAAAGAAGGAGUGAUUGUACUUGUGUCAUCUCAAGGAGGUCUCCUAGGUAUUUUUGGAUAUACCGCUUACUGCAGCACGAAAUUCGCACUACGUGGCUUGGCAGAGAGUUUAGCAAUGGAAUUACAGCCAUACAACAUUUCUGUCACUUUGUGUUUACCACCGGAUACAGACACACCUGGUUAUGCCAUAGAAGAGCUAUCGAAACCGAUAGAAACAAAAGCCAUAUCACAGAUGGCAAAUUUAGUCCAGCCCGAAGUCGUUGCCGAGAAGGCUUUUAAGGAUGCGCUGGCAAGAAAUUUCUUCUCUGCUCUUGGUUUGGAAGGUUUCAUUAUGACGACGUUGUGUGCGGGAAUGUCGCCGGUUAAAUCGUAUCGCCAGCUGUUUGUACAAGUUUUGCUGAUGGGUCCGUUGAGAUUUAUCGGUAUAGUUUAUCUCUUCAUCUUCCAAAGAAUCAUUGCACAGUGCAAACAAUAUACGAAUUCUGAAAACAUAAAGAAGGUUAAGUGAGAAAAAAGUUCCUCAUAAUAUUCUCUGAUUUGAAAAGAAAGAUUUCUUAUAAUAUCCAGUGAAUUAAAAGAUUGAUGAGAUAUUGCUUCCAUUCUAAGUUAUAGAGCUUUAAUAUGGAUUUAAUAAAUUUUCUUGCUCCAAACGUUUGUGCAAAAUCGCAAGACGCAAUCGCAAGACUAAAUCAUGAUUUAUGCUUUCUUUUAUUUAUUUUUUUAAAUAAACAGUAAUGAUAUACGUGGAUAAUUGAUGUGUUAUACAACACAUAUCUGUGUAUAAUACAAUGAUGAACAGUUAAGUUGGGUGAAAGGAGAUUAAAUAUAUAUGUAAGACAGAUUAUUUUAAUACAAUGCAGAGAUAUGCAGUGCGAUGUACAAAGGAGCGAAAGAAAUAAAACACGUUCU